AUGUUGGAAGUCGAGGGCGUCAAGGAAGCACUGGACAAGUCCAACGCAGAAGCCGAAGCGAUGAAGCAGGCGAAGGAGCAGGCAGAAGAGGAGGGAAAGCUGAUGAGCCAGAAAUAUGCUGCUGCCGUGUCGGGAGUCGAGGGCGUCAAGGAAGUACUGGACAAGUCCAACGCAGAAGCCGAAGCGAUGAAGCAGGCGAAGGAGCAGGCAGAAGAGGAGGGAAAGCUGAUGAGCCAGAAAUAUGCUGCUGCCAUGUUGGAAGUCGAGGGCUUCAAGGAAGCACUGGACAAGUCCAACGCAGAAGCCGAAGCGAUGAAGCAGGCGAAGGAGCAGGCAGAAGAGGAGGGAAAGCUGAUGAGCCAGAAAUAUGCUGCUGCCGUGUCGGGAGUCGAGGGCUUCAAGGAAGCACUGGACAAGUCCAACGCAGAAGCCGAAGCGAUGAAGCAGGCGAAGGAGCAGGCAGAAGAGGAGGGAAAGAUGAUGAGACAGAAAUAUGCUGCUGCCAUGUUGGAAGUCGAGGGCUUCAAGGAAGCACUGGACAAGUCCAACGCAGAAGCCGAAGCGAUGAAGCAGGCGAAGGAGCAGGCAGAAGAGGAGGGAACGCUGAUGAGCCAGAAAUAUGCUGCUGCCGUGUCGGGAGUCGAGGGCUUCAAGGAAGCACUGGACAAGUCCAACGCAGAAGCCGAAGCGAUGAAGCAGGCGAAGGAGCAGGCAGAAGAGGAGGGAAAGAUGAUGAGCCAGAAAUAUGCUGCUGCCACGUUGGAAGUCGAGGCCUACAAGGAGGAGUUGAUUAAGUUCAGCACGCCAGCAACGAUGAAGGUUGCAGGCAUGGAGAUGGCCAAGCUUGACAUGAGCAGAACCCAGGGGCCAGAAGUCCAGUCCGAAACUGCCUGCUAUGAUAUUUCCACACCGCGCAGCAGCAGGUCUCCUCGGACAGAUGGCCCAGAGGCAGAAGUGGCCGACGCAGACCGGUCCCUCGCGGCUGAGAACAAGCUGCUGCGGGAGCGGCUGUCUGCGUUCGAAGAAGAAAAGGCGACUACUCUGCAGGCUCUGCGCGAGCAAGUGAUGCAGCUUGCCAGAGAGAACUACGACCUCAAGUACGGAGCUCGCCAACCGGAGGUGUCGUCUCGUGAUGCGCAAGUGGACAAGGAGCCACCUGCCAACUCAAGUUCGGGUGCGGCAUCCUCUGAAGGUGAGCAGAGCUGGUGGUUUUCUGCCAUCUUUUCUCCUUUCCUGACGGAAGGCGACAUGCGUGAAAUCCAUGCGCAGUCUCGUUUGGAUGAAGCCGACAGCCGGAAUGAGGGCUGA